AGAGCCAAGUAGGCCACAGAGAGAGACUGCGGAUUUUUAGAUAUAGCUUCAAGCGCAAAAUAGGUUUUUUUUGUUCAGUGGACGACAUAAAUUUUUGUUUUGUAGAAUCUCGAUCAAGCAGAGGACGAAAGUUUAAACUAAAGUCACAAUGAUGGGGAAAUUCAUGCUUGCGAUAUUUAUGUUGGAGGUUGCUCUCAUAUCAGCAUUCAGCAUCCAGGAACUAAAAUCUCUGGCACCCAGACGCCGGGAGACCGUGGAAGAGAAAGGCGACUACCUCAUAAUCUGCACACAAGAACCGAUUGAGCUGGGUAUCGUCUUGGACUCCUCCAGUUCCAUCCCCCGGAAAGAUUUCCGGAUCGCCAAGAAGUUCCUGCAGGAUUUCCUCAAGCAGUUUGACAUAGGCACGGGCGAAAACGACGUCCGUGUGUCUAUCAUAACGUACGGCAAGGGCAUCUACCCUGAGGACGCCUUUAACCUGACCUCAUACGCCACCAAAGAACAAGUCCUGGAGGCCAUCGGUAACGUCCCCCACAGGGCCGGGCUGUUCACAGACACGGGGAAGGCCAUCAAGUACAUGCACGAGGUGCAGCUCAACAACGCUGUGGUCCGCCCUGAGGCCGAGAAAGUCAGCAUCGUCAUCACAGACGGCAACUCCCAGAUAUGGAGAGAGACCAAAGCGGAAGCUGAAUCGGCUAGAAACGACGGCAUCACCAUUUUCGCCAUCGGCGUCGGCCUCGGCAUCCGCGACGAAGAACUGAGCAACAUCGCCGGGGACGAGACCAGGGUCACCAAGGUCGACAACUUCAGCAAGCUCGAGUCCAUCAAAGAGUCGCUUGCUCGUACAACCUGUAUUAAAAAAGAAAAGCCAACUACUCCACAGAUGGUUGAAAGUCCAACUUGCGGUGAGGUCAACCCUGCUGAUAUUUAUUUCGUCUUUGACCCUGCUCAACUCGGCCUUGACGCCAUCGCCUGGACCACGUCAAUCAUUUCCCUGACCCUGGACACUGAGGACAUGAAUAACGGCUUUCAGUACGGAGUUAUCUCUGGUACCUGCCCGGAUGAUGCUGGAUUUGACCUCGACGACUACAACAAUGUUGACGACAUUAAGAAGAGGCUCCAGGACUACGACAGGAGUAAGGUUAAAGAUCUUCUCCAGUAUCUGGGAACAAAAGCCUACACAGCGGAACACGGGGGUCGGGAGAACUCCAAGAAGGUGGCCGUCUUGUCGCUGGGUAAAGACAUCAAAUCUCUGGGUGACCUCAAGUCCCAGAUCACAGAGCUAAACAACCAGGGCAUACAGGUCUUCAUUGCCGACUACUACAACCGUAACAUCGAAAUCGAAGGAGCGGCAACUCUGUUUGGGCGAGGGUCAAGGCAAGUGUCUGAGGACCUGGUCAACAGACUGUGUCCCAACUUGGCCGCAACAAAAUAAGGUACAGAGCGGUACACAGCCAGCGAUGACUUGCGUUACGCAAAAAGUGAUGAUGUAGCUACGCAAACAGUGAUGACGAAAAAUAGAAAGCAAGAAUCUCAAUAUUGUGAUUAGUUUUAUACACACAUUUUUAAAAUAAUAAUACAUGGUUUUUAUUGUUUGUAAAACAGUUGAGUGUGAAUGUUAAUGAUUACAAAUUGUACGUUUGUACGUGCAAAAUAUACCAAUAGUCUGUGAGUAUUCCUAUUGUUUGUGGGUCUAAAAUAUACCUAAAGCCUGUUAGAGGUUGCAGAAUAUGCCUACAGACUUUAAAUAUACAUAUAGUGGGCAGGGAUACUAUGGAAUAACCCAAAAUAUAUCCCCAAUUCGGAUUUUUUGUUUGAAUAAAAUAUUUCACCACUAAACGUAUAGACUAUUAGGUGUAGAUUUAGCUCAUAAUCCAUGACACAUUUGUAUUCAGUGUAUCCUUGUUUUGAAAAAAAAAAAAAAAAAAAAAAAAAAAAAAAGAUAACAACGAAUCAGUUUGUUUCUGAAAAAAAGAAAACUACACUGAAAUUGCAUCUUUUUUAUAGACGGUUGCAAGUGCUUUUAAAAUAACGAAGCAAGCAAAAACAGAAAAGAAAAAAUAAUGUAUUUAAUAUUGAUAUUUGAAAUAGAAUAAUAUUAUUUUAAUCAAGGAAGUAUUUACAUACUUUACAUUAAUUGCAAAUUUUUGUACAUAAAAACAAUUUUUAUAAUGUAAGUCUGAUUGGGGGGUCAUCCAUUAAUGACGUCACGCUUUUUGACGAUUUUUACGUCCCCCCUCUCCUCCUUCACACGUCAUCAAAAAAAGUCAGAACCCCCCCUACCUAAAACGACGUAACACCUCAGCCUACAACCCCCUUCAAAAUUUCUGUUGAAUUUUUCUUAAAACAUCUAUAUUUUCUUCCAAAAUCUUGUCAGAACUCUGUCAUAGAGUAUUUUGAUCAAUUCAUUUUUCAAUUUAUUGAAACCAUUUUCUUAGUUUACUAACAUUGCUUUUUUUAUAAUGCAAGAAGUGACGUCACACAAUUUGAAUCCCUCUCCUCCACAUCACACACCGUCACAAAAUUACGGACCCCUCCCCUCUACGAGUGUGACGUCAUUUAUGGACGACCCCUUGUGAUCUUUUAUGCAUGAAUUUCUCAAGGAUUAGAUUCAUAAUUUCACGUUUGUAAGCAUUCUAUUUUCAUACACAAUAAAAGUUAUAAUAUGUAAAUUCAA